AUGUCUAUUCCAACUACUCAAAAGGGUGUUAUCUUCUACGAAUCUAAAGGUAAGCUAGAAUUCAAGGACAUUCCAGUCCCAACUCCAAAGGCCAACGAAUUGUUGAUCAACGUUAAGUACUCCGGUGUUUGUCACACUGAUCUACACGCUUGGCACGGUGACUGGCCUUUGCCAGUUAAGCUACCAUUAGUUGGUGGUCACGAAGGUGCCGGUGUUGUUGUUGCUAUCGGUGAAUCCGUUAAGGGCUGGAAGAUCGGUGACUACGCCGGUAUUAAAUGGUUAAACGGUUCUUGUAUGAACUGUGAAUACUGUGAAUUAGGUAACGAAUCUAACUGUCCAGAAGCUGAUUUAUCCGGUUACACUCACGAUGGUUCUUUCCAACAAUACGCUACUGCUGAUGCCAUUCAAGCUGCUAAGAUCCCAGCUGGUACUGACUUGGCUCAAGUCGCUCCAAUUCUAUGUGCCGGUGUUACCGUCUACAAGGCUCUAAAGUCUGCUAACCUAAGAGCCGGUGAAUGGGUUGCCAUUUCCGGUGCUGCUGGUGGUCUAGGUUCUCUAGCUGUCCAAUACGCUAAGGCUAUGGGUUACAGAGUCGUCGGUAUUGACGGUGGUGAAGAAAAGGAAAAGCUAUUCAAGUCUAUUGGUGGUGAAGUUUUCGUCGAUUUCACUAAGGAAAAGGACAUUGUUGGUACUAUUGUCAAGGCCACUAACGGUGGUGCUCACGGUGUUAUCAACGUCUCUGUCUCUGAAGCUGCUAUUGAAGCUUCUACCAAGUACGUCAGAGCUAACGGUACUUCCGUUCUAGUCGGUAUGCCAGCUGGUGCCGUCUGUAGAUCCGAUGUCUUCGACCACGUUGUCAAGUCUAUCUCUAUUGUCGGUUCUUACGUCGGUAACAGAGCUGAUACCAGAGAAGCUCUAGAUUUCUUCGCCAGAGGUCUAGUCAAGUCUCCAAUCAAGAUUGCUCCUCUAUCUGACCUACCAGAAAUUUUCGAAAAGAUGGAAAAGGGUCAAAUCGUCGGUAGAUACGUUGUCGACACUUCCAAAUAA